UUCAUCCCCCAAGGACGGCAGCAUCUCAGUUACCACACUCCUCGAAAACUUUUGAGCUCAAAGCGGCAUGGCACAUGAAGCAGCAAUAGUUAUUGAUCAGCUCGCUGGUGAUUCACCGUCGGUGAAAGCAGUUUUGUUACUACUCCUGGUCCCUGUCCUCCUGCUCUGGGUCCUGCUGCGCUACUUCUCUUCUGGGGCAACGACUAAUAGUACGAAAGGAAAGAAGAAACUGCCUCCGUCACCGCCGGCGCUGCCGCUGAUCGGACACCUUCACCUCGUCGGCGCGCACCCGCAUGUCUCUAUGCGGGGCCUCGCCGCCCGGCACGGUGGCGAGGACCUCAUGCUGCUCCGCCUCGGCACGGUCCCGACGCUUGUGGCGUCGUCCCCGCGCGCCGCACAGGCGGUGUUGCGCACGCACGACCAGUCGCUAGCCUCACGGCCCCGCUCCAUCUUCGGCGACAUCCUCGGGUACGGGCCGUCGGACGUCGGGUUCGCGCCCUACGGCGAGGGGUGGCGGCAGGCCAAGAAGCUGGUCACCACGCACCUGCUCAACACCAAGAAGGUGCAGUCCUACCGCGCCGCCCGCGAGGAGGAGGUGGGAGUGGUGAUCGACAAGAUCCGCCGCGCAGCCAUGACAGGCGCGGCGGUGGACUUGAGCGAGGUCCUGAGCUCGUUCACGACCGACAUGGUGUGCCGAGCCGUGGCGGGGCGGUCGUUCAGGGUGGACGGCCUGGACAAGGUGUUCAAGGACGUGAUGGACGCGAGCAUGGCCGUCCUUGGGGGCUUCAACCUGGAGAACUUCUACCCUGGCCUGGCCAAGGUGGCCGGCGGCGUGCUCAUGUGGCCGGGGCGGCGCAAGGCUGAGAGGCUCAGGGACCGGUGGGAUGAGGUCCUUGAUAAGGUGAUCGACCAGCACGCGAGCGAGGCGGCCGCCGGUGGACCCCCGGCGACACGCCGCCUUGAGAGUGAUUUCACCCAUGUGUUGCUGGCCGCGCAAGAGGAGUACGGGCUCACCAGAGACGGCAUCAAGGGAAUCAUGGCUGAUAUGUUCGCAGCGGGCACAGACACAGCGUACUUGGUACUAGAAUUCACCAUGGCCGAGCUGAUGCAGCACCAGGACGUGAUGGCGAGGCUACAGGCAGAGGUGAGAAGCAGCAUGCCGGCGAAGGGGCACCACCAAGGACAAGGAGCCAUCACAGAAGAGUACCUCGCCGGAAUGCCAUAUCUGAAAGCCGUCGUCAAAGAGACGCUCCGCCUGCACCCGCCGUCGCCGCUCCUCCUCCCGCACCAGUCGCUCGAGGAGUGCGCCAUCGACGGCUACGUGGUCCCCGCCGGCACCACCGUGUUCGUCAACGUCUGGGCCAUCGGCCGCGACCCGAGGCUGUGGGACGCCGCAGAGGAGUUCAUGCCGGAGAGGUUCGUCGUCGACAAGGGGGCCACGGCGACGGCGGCGGAGGGCGUCGUCGAUUUCAGGGGGACCGACUUCCAGUUCCUGCCGUUCGGGUCCGGGCGAAGGAUGUGUCCUGGGAUGAACUUCGCCCUGGCCAACGUCGAGAUCAUGCUGGCGAAUCUCGUGUGCCAUUUUGACUGGAGGGUGGAGGGAGGAGCGAAUGACAUUGACAUGACGGAGGUGUUCGGAUUAACUGUGCACCGAAAAGAGAAGCUCGUUCUCGCUCCAAGGUUAUGGUCCUGUUCCUGUGCUGCUGCUCAACCACCAAUGGAGGGCUAAGUCAACCCUGCAGAACAAUAACCUGAACAUGCGUCACAUGUGCCGCAUAUUUUGCUCUAUAUCUGUCUACGUACCAUAAGAACCGACACGGGAAUAAGUGUUACGGGUAAUUCAGGCAAUUCGGCCGACGGGGA